GGGGUUGGGAGAGUCGUUGCCGCCUCCCCCCCGCUCCCGCCCCCCGCCCCGACUCGGGCACGUUUCGUUGCCUGGUCGACGGUGACAGAAGAAGGCCGGCGGCCCCCUCGUCCCCCUCAGUCACAGCCCCGCUUGGCUCGAGGGCCGGGCGGACGCAGGGGAGAGCGAGCGCCUCUCUCCCUCUCCGCCCUCCUCCGGGGACUCCGCCGCGGCCCGCUGCGGGGAUGUGCCAUCCUUUACCAUGGCGAGGAGGCUCUUCGCGGGGGCCUGGCUCAGGAAACUCUAUUACAGCCAGGUUCGCUUCUCUUACAUGCGGAUGAAGUAUCUCUUCUUCUCCUGGCUAGGGGUAUUUAUUGGCAGCUGGAUUAUUUAUGUUCAGUAUUCAUCUUACACAGAACUUUGUAGAGGGCAUGAUUGCAAGACAAUAAUAUGUGAUAAGUACAAGACUGGGGUUAUUGAUGGAUCAGCAUGUAGUAGCCUAUGUACAAGACAAACUCUGUAUUUUGGAAAAUGUUUGUCAACCAAGCCCAACAAUCAGAUGUAUUUAGGAGCCUGGGGCAAUCUACAAGGUGUUAUAAAAUGCCAAAUGGAAGAAAUUCCUCACAUUGAUCUCAGAACUGAACUAGAACCGAUGAAGAAAGCUAUUCUGUUUGAUAAACCAACUAGAGGAACUACAGUUCAGAAAUUCAAGGAGAUGGUCUAUGGACUUUUUAAAGCAAAACUAGGAGAACAGGGGAAUCUUCCUGAUCUGGUUAAUCUCAUCUUGUCUGUUGCUGAUGGGAACAAAGAUGGUCGAGUUUCCUUGCCAGAAGCAAAGUCAGCAUGGGCGCUUCUCCAGCUGAAUGAAUUUCUGCUCAUGGUAAUUCUCCAGGAUAAAGAACAUACUCCCAAACUGUUAGGUUUUUGUGGAGAUCUAUAUGUGAUGGAAAAAGUUGAAUAUACCUCUCUUUUUGGAAUAAGCCUUCCAUGGAUCAUAGAAAUUUUCAUUCCCUCUGGAUUCAGAAGAAGCAUAGAUCAGUGGUUUACUCCAUCGUGGCCUAGAAAGGCCAAAAUAGCCAUAGGGCUUCUAGAAUUUGUGGAAGACAUUUUCCAUGGACCUUAUGGGAAUUUUCUUAUGUGCGACACGAGUGCCAAAAACCUGGGUUACAAUGAUAAAUAUGACUUAAAAAUGGUGGACAUGAGAAAAAUAGUGCCAGAAAUGAACCUGAAAGAACUAAUUAAAGAUCGUCACUGUGAGUCUGACCUGGAUUGUGUGUAUGGAUCGGACUGUAGAACUGUAUGUGACCAAAGUAAAAUGAAAUGUACCACAGAAAUAAUUCAGCCAAAUUUGGCAAAGGUGUGCCAGUUGCUCAAAGAUUACCUGCUUCGUGGGGCUCCUCUGGAAAUACAUGAAGAGUUAGAGAAACAGCUGUACUCAUGCAUUGCCCUGAAAGUUUCAGCAAACCAGAUGGAGAUGGAGCAUUCCUUGAUACUCAACAACCUGAAAACUCUACUGUGGAAGAAAAUAUCUCAUACAAAUGAUUCUUAGUUUCUUUGUCUCAGAAGAACAUUGUUGCUACUGUAGGAGCUGACUACUUUUUUUCAAACACAGCUUCAAUGUUGAAAAAAAAAUCUUUAUUUAGCCUCCUCUCUCAUCAAUGCUCCUUCAAAUACAGCCACCACAGUGAUUUUUUUUCCAGUUGGAAAAUGUAUGUUCUCUAAAUAUCUGCCUGGCAGAGACUACUGAAGCCAUAUGGCUAUAACAGUCCCAUUAGGGAAAGAAUACAGGUUAUACCAGGCAUCCCCAAACUUUGGCCCUCCAGAUGUUUUGGACUACAAUUCCCAUCUUCCCUGACCACUGGUCCUGUUAACUAGGGAUCAUGGGAGUUGUAGGCCAAAACAUCUGGAGGGCCGCACUUUGGGGAUGCCUGGGUUACACAUUCUCCUCUUGCCCUUAUUCACAUUUAAGAUAAUUUUAGAAGAGCAGAAUCAACAGAUACUUUUUUUUUAAAAGCAAAGCUUGUUGAGGAAAAAAUUCACAUGGUACAAUCCUAGAUGACCUGUCUUCUGAAUACAAAUCACGUUCAAGUACUUAGGCACUUCAGAUACUCCCUGCAUGUGAAAAUGUAGCUUGUCAAAGAAAAGGUUGUAAAGUAACCUUCAACCUGAGAUGCUAGCUGUUUGCAUCCUGAGAGGUUUUUGAAGCAGAGUACUGAGGAAUCCCACAAGCCCAAAGAAGGCUGCAGCCCUUGAACACUGUUGUAAGUUACCCUUUUUCUUGCUGCUCCCUAUCCCUUCUUCUCUUGUCACUCCCCCAAAUUACAAAAUGGGUUGUAGUGCUUUUUUAAAAAAUUGAGGACUUUUUGAAAAGUGAAAGUAACUUUACAAACUUGUCCACAAGACCCACCACUACUAGAAGUUAACAUGGUAGAAUCCAAGCUACUGUUUAUAAAUGAAAAUAAUAUUUUUGAGAUUGUUUACUAAUUUUAGCAUGGCAGAAUUUGCACAUUAGUGAUUUUUAAGAAAGAAACUCAGUGUGACAACUGAAACAUGUUUUAACUGGAGGUUUUUGAAACCAGAACUUUUUGUUACAUUUAUACAUUUGUAUACACAUUUACCUCAUGCGUACAUUGAAUGUUACUAAGUUGUUGAAACUUCCUAGUUAAAAGUAGAUAUUUUCCCAUGCUAGCAGUUGAUUUUAUGCACCCACACAUCUUGUAGUAGCAAUACUUAAUGACACUAAACUGAUAAAUUGCAAUCAUAUGGGUCUUAAUGUAAGCAGAUGUGUAACAAAAGGUAUUACAGUCUGAAGGCAAAGAGUUGUGGGACACUAAAUCUGAAUUUAUAUAUGAGUUGGCAAACUCAUAACUUUAGUGCAAUUAAUAACCCAGCUGUGGUUUGUCUAAUGGUAAAAUGUUAAAAACCAAUCUGGCCAAAGGUAAGCAUCCAGCAGCCAAAUUCUGUCACAUGUUUAUUCUAAAGUGAUUCCAUUACAGCUCAGCAACUCCUAAGUGUGUGUAGAAAUAUAGGCCAAGUCCUGUCAAUUUCUAUGCUUAAGCAUUGAUAUUGAAGAAACAAAUAUGCUUAAUAUUGAUCUCACGCAGCUGUGUUCCUGAACCAAGUAAGCCAAAAUUCUGUAAUGCAAACCCAUUCAUCCAAAAGUUGUAUAAGUUAAUUGCUCUGGCUUUGUGAGUCAAACUUACCAUGUUACUUUGAAAAAUCUGGAUAUUUUGAAGUUGACUCUGGAACACAUUAUGCAGUAUCUAAGCUUUUUCUAGAACAUGGGGCAGACUGGAAGGAAAUUGCAUUUAGUGGUCCUGAGUUGUAAUGUUGUUUACAAAAUAGCAAAGUGAAGCAAGACAAUGGUAAGCCACCCGCCACAGUUCUGUUUUCAGAACUGUGUGGUACUUUCCAUUAUCUAUUGUAUAUGUUCUUCUAGGGCUAGGGGCACAGUCUCCAGUUCUGAACAAAUAUGGCAAAUUUGAACACAUAUACUGUAGGUGGUAUUUUACUUUAAUUCCUUUUUGUUGACAUGUUGCAUCAAACAAUCAUCCACUUCUACCUAUUCAAAUGACAUUUGCCAUUGUUUGACCAAGCUCUUCAGCAUAUUCAGCUUGACACUAGUUCACUCUCUCCACCCUUCACUUGAUUCAUUGGUAUUUCUGUUAUAAGAGGGGGGAAAUGAUGAAGUCUCUUAUGUUAAUGUAUCUCUUCAUCUGGGUUUCUUGUAUUUAACAUGCUCUUUUGUCAACACAACUUAAAAGAUUUUUCCCCCACAUAAUGAACAUGCACUUAACAAAGCAAACCCAUCUUUGUUCCCUGUACAAUGUGUAAAGUGUUAAUAAUUUGCUCUAGAAUCUUGCGCAUUUUUGCCUUGUGUAAAUAUUUUUACUAACAAUGUUCUUGCACAAUGUCCACUUUGUUUUUAAAUUAACAGAUGUUAUUUAAGAGGCAGCAUUUAAUAUUUGCAACCACUAAACAAAUCUUUUAUCUUACUAGGCAUAUCCAUGCUGGAUAAACCUGAAUGUCAAUAUUGUUAAAGUCAUUGCUCAGCGGUGGGGAAAUAUUGAGCCAAAUAUUUCUAGAUAGUUGAAAUUUUCGAAAAAUGGAACUUGUCAGCAAUGCAGUUUGUACUGUAUUUCAUUUUGAUUGCUGUUAAAUCACCAUCUCCAGGAGACUUCAUUUUGAAUAUGAAUUGUUUACAAUAAACUGGAAUUAUUUCCCCAUUCUGGCAGUGGUGUGGAACAAUAACUUCUAAUAGAGGGAAAAGACCCCAAUUUUCUGGUGAAAGUAAAGUAUUCAUGUUCUUCAUAAGAGAACGGAAAUGGCAAGUUUAACUGGUUCCUGGGCAUGAAAGCUAAGCACUCAUGGAUCCAUGUGUUCUAGUUGGUCCCUCCAAAUACAGGAAAUCAAAUGGGGAAGAUAGAAUGGGCAAAACUGGUCCAUUUGUACCAUCAGGUUUCCAUUUUAUACCUGCUUGAAAACAUCUGCUUACGUAUUCCUUUUUACAAGGCCUGAUGCAAUUAUAUAGUGUAUUACCCAAUCUGGUAGUGAAAUAAUAAAGAGAUCAAAGUCUAAACUGCUUCACAGUAGACCUUGCCAGUCCAGUUCAUCAAUGGGAAACGUGAACUGGCAUGAAAUCCAUUGAGUCAAUAUGCUACUUUGCCUCACUUCUUCAAAGGAUCAACUUAAAUUCUUGUCAUGAUUAGUUUGUACUGCCCCCUAGUGGCCCAACCAUUACUGUAUCUGGACAGGGGUACCAUUGCCUGGGUAGCAUCAGUAUUGGACUAUUGCAAUGAGGUGGCACUGUGGGUUAAACCAGAGAGCCUAGGGCUUGCUGAUCAGAAGGUCGGCGGUUCGAAUCCCUGUGACAGGGGUGAGCUCCCGUUGCUCGGUCCCAGCUCCUGCCCACCUACCAUAGCAGUUUGAAAGCUCGUCAAAGUGCAAGUAGAUAAAUAGGUACUGCUCCAAGUGGGAAGGUAAAUGGUGUUUCCGUGUGCUGCUCUGGUUCGCUAGAAGUGGCUUUAUCAUGCUGGCCACAUGACCCGGAAGCUCCCUCGGCCAAUAAUGUGAGAUAAGCGCCGCAACCCCACAGUCAGUCACUACUGGACCUAAUGGUCAGGGGUCCCUUUACCUUACAUGGGGGCUGCCUUUGAAAACUGUCUGAAUGCUUCAUAGUGCAGAUGUGGCUGCCUAUUGACAGCUUUGAGGUGAACGGACUAUAGACCACCAAUUGCAAGUAUACUGGCUGCUUGUAUGCUUCCAAGACCCAUUCAAAGUGCUGGUUUUAACAGAUGACACUCUUUAUGACUCGGGACCUCACGAUCUUCUGGAAUGUCUCUCCAGCAUGAACCUGCCUGCACCCUUAGAUCCUCAGGCCCUCCACAGGUCUCACCUCUGAGGAACGCUGGGCGUGGCAACAAGAGCCACAACUAGUCACUCUCCUUAUCAAUGGAAUGAUCUCCCCAGCAAAGGUCUGCUUAGCCCCUUUGAUGACAUUUCAGUGCCAGCUGGACUUACCCCUAGGGUUUUUAUGGGAGAUGUUUUUUUGUAUUAGUACGCAGUCAAAACUUCCAGUGACUGUAAUUGGAGGGGGGGGGCAGUUAUUCUGUAUUUGUUAAUAGCCUUGGUGUGCUGGAUAGCUUUUUGAUAGGGACAUGCAGGAACUUCAGGCUGCUGCAUGGAAACUUAUCCUCGCAACUGAGGCUUUGAGAUAACCAUUUGCUCAAGAAACAGAGCCACCUAGGCAAAGUAGGGACUGCACCCAAAGUCUCAUGUAACAUCUAUUGUGUCACACUGCUCACCUUCAGCAUCAGGGAUGAAGUGGAUAAAGCAAGUCUUGCUACAGAGAAAUGUACAGGGAAUCUGAUACUGGGCAAGUUUCUCAAAUUUGUCUGUGUUCUUCCAGAAGAAAUUCGGUAAAUCUGCUAGAGACGGUUGGGCGUUAUGUCUGGUCCUGGCACAUCUAGCCCUUAAAUCUUCUAUCAAAUUAUCCUUCCUGCAUCUUAGCAAAUGCUUCAACAUUGGAAUUUCUUCAAGGUCUAACAGCACGUCAUUAGUGGAACAUGUGAG